AAUACAUGCAAGCUGUUCUGCUGUACUUCAUGUGUGACACUGAUAUGAUUCGCUGCUUCUGGUCAUGAUGGAAAGCAUGGAAAUAGAAGUGGAACAUACCAAUGGGUUGCAUGGUUAAAUUUGGACAAUUUAGACAGACUCACCUGAAUGAACAUGCAUAACUCAACUAAGGUGGCGCAUUCGAGUGCAAUUCGGGCUGAAGUAAAGCGCCAUGAAAGCCUACAGAACACGCUCAACAAAGUGUUGAAACAGCUGGAAAGGGUCGAGGACCAGCAGCUCAGGACUGGUCUGAAGGUGUAUAUCCACGGCGUACAAGCUUCCUGUGCUAACAGUCAAGAAUGGACCUUAAAUCGUUCUAUACCAGAGCUGAGACUGGGAGUGCUGGGAAGCAUGAGGAGUGGAAAGUCUGCCCUGGUAAACAGGUUUAUCACAGGAAGCUAUCUUCCUCUUGAGUCACAUGAAGGUGGGAGAUAUAAGAAAGAGGUAUCGGUUGAUGGUCAGAGUCACUUGUUACUGAUUCGAGAAGAAUCCAGCCUUCCCACUGCACAGUUCAGCAACUGGGUAGAUGCAGUUAUCAUGGUGUUUAGCCUGGAAAACGAACCCAGUUUCCAAGAUGUGUACAAGAACGUCAGUGAACUAGGAGUCCACCGCAACACUGCAGACAUACCGCUCAUAGUAGUGGGCACACAAGAUAAGAUUAGCAGCACUAAUGUUCGUGUUAUUGACAAUAAGCGGGUACAACAGCUUUGUGCAGACGUGCGACGCUGUACUUAUUACGAGACCUGUGCCACCUAUGGACUAAACGUGGACAGAGUCUUCACUGAAGUGUGCCAGAAGAUAGUGGCAAAUAAGAAGCAAGCCAGUGUUCUAGCAUCCUGCAAGUCCUUACCCAACUCCCCCAGCCACUCUGGAGCCUCCACGCCUGUGUCUGCUCCAUUGGGACAGGCAAGUAAUGGGGGUCAAAGUAGUGAUUAUUCCUCCUCUUUGCCCUCCACCCCUGUGAUAAGUCACAGAGAAUUACGGGGAGGGGCAGGAGGAGAGGGAGGCUCUCAGCGAAAUGUACCACGCCGCCGGACCUCCUUGUUUGCGAACCGUCGUGGAAGUGAUAGUGAGAAGAAAACUCCAGACAGCAGAGCUGAUACAGGAGUCAGCAAACCAGUUAUUAUCAGACAGGGCACAAUAUGGAAACGCAGUGAACGAUCUCUGAACAAGGAAUGGAAGAAGAAGCUUGUCACACUCACCAGCAAUGGCAUUCUCACAUAUCAUUCAAACAUCAACGAGUAUAGGCAGAAUACGCAUGGUAAGGAGAUGGACCUGCUGCGUGUAACUGUGAAAGUACCAGGAAAGCGUCUGCACAGAGCAGCACCUCCAGCUAUCCCUGUUCCUGCCUCUGCUCCUGCCCCUGGGGUCAAUGGCCUUGCAAAAGACAAGACAGCAUCUGAAGGGGGAACCUCAUCAAUUCUUCUGACUGUUGAUGAGGCAGCUGGCUCUGUAACGUCAUCUCAAGAUGAACAAAAAAUCAAACGGUGUCCUUCAUCCGUGUCCAAUAAGGCAGUAAACUUGGCAGAAUCAAGCAUUGAGGGGGCUAUAAGCCCUUCUCUGGGAAAAGACCUCACUCCGUCAUCUCCCAUGAGCGACAGGAAGAAGACCAAGAGGAAGAAAAGUAUGAAUGUCAAAGGAGAUGCUGCAGCCAGCCAGGCUGAUGAGGAGGAGAAUGCAGACUUUAUCAUCAUAUCAAGCACAGGACAGAGCUGGCACUUUGACACCCAGAAUCAGGAGGAGAGGGAUGCCUGGGUGCAAGCUAUUGAGAGCCAAAUCCUUGCUUCUCUGCAACUGUGUGAAAGUAGAAAUAAGACUCGCAGAAGCAGCCAGAGUGAAGCUGUGGCACUACAAGCAAUUCGCAAUGCCAAAGGAAACGAUCUGUGUGUGGAUUGCGAUGCACCAUAUCCCACUUGGGCAAGUUUAAAUUUGGGAGCACUGAUUUGUAUCGAGUGCUCAGGAAUUCAUAGGAACCUUGGGACACACCUGUCCCGAGUCCGUUCCUUGGACCUGGACGACUGGCCUAGUGAGCUCACCAAGGUGCUAAUGGCAAUAGGCAAUCACAUGGCCAACAGCAUUUGGGAAAAAUGUACGCAAGGGCGCCAAAAGCCAACACCUGAGGCGACAAGAGAGCAGAGGGAGUCUUGGAUCCGGGCUAAAUAUGAACAGAAGGUGUUUGUGGCACCCUUGCCAACUCAGGACGAGAGCCCAGGUGAGGUGACAUCAUCACAGCUCCUCAGUGCCGUCACCAGCAAAGAUCUUCCCAGGCUUCUGCUGCUCUUGGCCCACAGCACCAAGGAGCAGCUCAACGUUCCACUGCAGCUUCAGAGCCCCUUACAUGCAGCCUGCCAGCUUGGAGAUGUGGUCAUGACUCAGCUACUAGUCUGGUAUGGUAGUGAUGUGAAAGCAAAGAAUCCUCAACGCCAAACAGCUUUAACGCUGGCACAACAAGCUGGAAGCCAAGAGUGUGUGGAUAUCCUUCGCCAACACGGCUGCCCCAACGAAACCUCGCCUACUGCACCCACUCCCAUUCUCUCCCGCAAAAGUAGCAUCACAAGUCUUGGACGUAACAAUUCCAGGAGAAGGGUCACAUAACUUGGAAAGACUUCAUGGACAAAGAUUUUUCCUUUCUGGGGGAGAAAAAAAAGAACAAUUUUUAUUUCAUUUUGUUAAAAAGCUAUGUAUGUCUCGCUCUGUGGAUGUUUUGCUCUGUCCUCAUUCAUAUAUGUCCAUUUAGAUUCCUCAGAGAAGGCAAAAAACAUACUUGCCAAUGUAUGAAAUAAAAUUGCCAAGCCAGCUUGAAAUCAAAUAGAUACUGUUUCAAUGACUCAAAAGCAAUAUUAUCCAUACUAAUUAUAUCUAUUACAAAGACAAAUGUAGCCUAGAAAGCUUCUCCAAGCAAUCUGUGGAGAUGUAUUCAACAUUACUGUAUGACUCAUAGAACUGUUCCUCAUAAUAAGCAACAUAAAUAAGGCCACUAUGUUUGUAUGGGAAAAGAACAGUAUUUGUCAUUGUGCAACGUUUCUAAGUACUAGAAUUAAUAAACUUAAAUCUUUAAA